AUGCCCGUUACUCCGCUCAUCAGCGGUAUGGUUUUGCCUGGAACCCAAGGGCCUGUUGGUUAUACCAGGGACCUCGCGGUGUCAAAGGUGACCUUCCUCAUGGGGAUCCGUGGGGUUCCCUGGUUUUGCUGCCGGGGUUCUCUGGGAGAGAAAGGAAGACGGGUUGAGAACAAGGACCUGGUCCAUCUGGUCAAGCAGGAACUGGGGGGUGCCAGAGGGGGGAGAGGAGCACGAGGACCAACAGGAAAGUCAGGCGACAAGGGCACCUCUGGACACGAAGGCCCACCAGGAUCCACUGGAGACCAGGGACCCCAAGGACCACAGGGAAGGAACGGCGAGGCAGGACCUAAGGGACCUAAUGGAGCGGCAGGAAAAGACGGACUACCAGGUCAUCCAGGACAGCGAGGGGAGCCAGGCUUCCAAGGCAAGACUGGUCCACAUGGGCCAACGGGUGUGAUCGGACCACAGGGUAAAUCUGGUGAGACUGGGCCUAACGGCGACAGAGGACACCCUGGGUCACCAGGACCCCCUGGAGAGACGGGUUUACCCGGAGCAGCAGGCAAGGAGGGAUCCAAGGGAGACCCGGGUCCGUCUGGAGCUCCAGGAAAGAGUGGCCCCGCUGGACUCCGAGGCUUCAGAGGGAGCAGGGGCAGCCCUGGAGCCAUGGGCCUUGCUGGACUGAAAGGAGGAGAAGGACCCACCGGUCUGUCAGGAGCAGGGGGAGCCACUGGGGAGAAAGGGCCUUCUGGAGCGGCUGGUGCUAUUGGUCAGCCUGGACGCUCCGGUGGGGUCGGCCCUGGAGGACCAAUGGGAGAAAAGGGCGAGCCAGGAGAGAAGGGGCCCAUCGGGCCGGCUGGACAGGACGGGGCUCAGGGGCCUGUAGGGCUGCCUGGGGCUGCUGGCCCCGCUGGGCCUCCAGGAGAGGACGGAGACAAGGUACUUACACCUGUACACAGGUACAGCACAGUAGGUUCCAUACCACUGUAGAGGGACAACUUAGGAGAAUCCAA